UAUUCAUAGGAUUUCUCUCUCUAUAAAGACUCUUUUUCUUGAGCUUUCACUCCAAAACGGCAAGACCCUUCUCUUUUUCAGUUUUCUCUUUCUUUCUCUCUCACAUGCAAAGAGGACAGACAUGGAGCUUGGUUUAAGCUUAGGAGAUGCUUCGAAGCCAUUUGGAUUCAUAGACAAAGCUAGAGAUGCCGAAAACAAAAGCAGAUUAGGGUUUUGCAUGGGCUUAUCGAUCGGUUCAAAUUCAAGAAAUGAUAAGCAAGAGGAACUAGAACAAGAAGAAGAAGAAGAAGAAGAUAAACAUAGCGAUAUCAAAGAAAAUAGUAGAGGUACAACAACAAUAACUGAUCAUCAUAAAAAUCCCUCCGCCGCCGUAGAUCCACCUAUUCUUCAGCUUAAUCUUCUACCGAACACUCCUGUUGUCCCUCGCAACCACCACUAUGGCGCCCUUCCUUGGCUCUCCUCCGACAACAACGAUGCAAGAGGGUUAGAUGUGAAUAGGGUCCCGGUUGUUGAGGAGGCUGAUGAUGGGGCGGCUCUGUCUUCUUCGCCGCCAAACAGCGCGGCCUCGUCGUUUCAGAUGGAUUUUUGCAUAUACACAAGUAAGAGUGGAAAUAAUGAAACUGAAGUGGAGAGAGCUUCUUCAAGGGCUAGUGAUGAAGAUGAGAACGGUAGUACAAGAAAGAAACUCAGACUCUCUAAAGAACAGUCUGCUUUUCUUGAAGAAAGCUUUAAAGAACACAAUACUCUCAAUCCCAAGCAAAAGCUUGCUCUUGCCAAACAGCUCAAUCUCCGUCCACGCCAAGUAGAAGUCUGGUUUCAAAACAGAAGAGCAAGAACCAAGUUGAAGCAAACCGAGGUGGAUUGUGAAUACUUGAAGAGGUGCUGUGAGACAUUGACAGAAGAGAAUAGAAGACUACAUAAAGAACUCCAAGAAUUGAGAGCUUUGAAGACUUCCAAUCCCUUCUACAUGCAACUGCCUGCCACUACUCUAACCAUGUGUCCUUCUUGUGAGCGAGUAGCCACCACAACCACCGGCACCGCCACAACCACCACCAUCAAACCGACCAAUACUACCAUCACCAAUAUUAAUAACAGCAACAAAACUGACCCUACAUCUAAAGCCACAGGGUUGUCACUGGCCAGACCCAGGUUCCAUCCAUUUUCUCAUAGCAGUACACAAGCUUCUUGAAAUUAGAGACGUCUACUGGUUUUGAUAAUCUAUACACUACAUAUGAUUCUGUACAUAUACAAGUUUUCGAGAGAAACUUGAUAGCUAGGUUAAUAAUUUUGUCCAUUGAUGAGAGGUGGGUUGGCUGGUUAAUUAAUCACUUGGUUUCAUGUUCUUGGAGGGGAAUUCUUAAAUUAAGUUUGGGUUUCUUAAAUUUUUUUUUUUUUCCUCUGGUUUUACAUAUCUGUAGCAGAAUCAGAAAAAUACGCUGUUAACAGAAACUUACAAGAAAAAAGAAAAGAAAAGAAAAUAUUGUGGAAAA